AUGGAAAAAGAGCAGGUAGAGAAAGAGGGUGAACUGCUAAACCCCUGUCGCUGUGAUGGCUCCGUGCGGUACACCCAUCAGCUCUGCCUGUUGAAGUGGAUCAGCGAAAGAGGCUCCUGGACCUGUGAACUCUGCUGUUACAGAUACCAUGUGAUAGCAAUCAAAAUGAAAAAGCCGUGCCAGUGGCAAAGCAUCACAGUCUCCCUGGUCGAGAAAGUGCAGCUGGUCGCCGUCGUUUUGGGAUCGCUGUUCUUAGCAGCCAGCGUGAUGUGGCUGCUCUGGUCGGCCCUCAGUCCCUACGCUGUAUGGCAAAGGAAAGACGUCCUUUUCCAGAUCUGCUACGGAAUGUAUGGAUUCAUGGAUCUCGUGUGCAUAGGACUGAUUGUACACGAAGGUGCCUCAGUAUGCAAAGUAUUUAAGCGUUGGAGAGCUGUCAAUCUACACUGGAAUGUACUGAAUUACGACAAAGCGACUGACAUAGAAGAGAGCAACCGAGGAGAGUCCUCCGCAACGAGGACUUUGUGGUUACCAGUAAAUGCAUUUCGAAGCAGGAGUCUGGUUCAUCCAACGCAGUUAACCUCCCCAAGAUUUCAGUGCAGCUACGUGUUGCUACAUCUCUUCAAUCGAAUGAGACCUCAGGAGGACUCUUCGGAGGAUGACAGCUCUGGAGAAAUUGUAAUGCGAGUGACUUCAGUGUAA